AUGGGUGUUGAUGUGGAAGUCAUAAAGCCGGGCGAUGGUACCAGUUAUCCGAAGAAGGGGCAGACGGUGUCCGUUCACUACACCGGAACUUUGACCAAUGGCAAGAAAUUUGAUUCUUCUAGAGAUCGAGGCCAGCCUUUCCAGUUUAAGCUCGGCGUGGGGCAGGUCAUCAAAGGGUGGGAUGAAGGUGUCGCCAAGAUGAGCCUUGGUGAGCGGUCCAAGCUUACCAUUAGUCCGGACUACGGCUACGGCAGUGCCGGCGCUGCUGGUGUUAUUCCGCCCAACGCGACAUUGAUAUUCGACGUGGAGCUCCUUUCUUUCAACUAG